AUGCCAAGAGGGUCGUGAUGGGGAACCGGGGGGCUAGGGCAGUACCUUAGGCCCAAUCGAGUCGCCCCUGCUGUCUUUCCGAAGCAGGCACAGUUUCUGUUCGCAGCCUUCGGCAUGGCAGAAUCUGAGUCAUUGGUUCCUGAUACGGGUGCUGUAUUUACAUUUAGAAAAACUAAAUUUGCUGAAAACAUUCCUAGCAAAUUCUGGUUUAAAAAUGACGUACCCAUAUGUUUUUCAUGUGGAGAUGAACAUACUGCCUUUGUUACAGGAAAUAAUAAAUUGUACAUGUUUGGCAGUAACAACUGGGGCCAGUUAGGAUUAGGAUCAAAAUAAGCUAUCAGCAAGCCAACAUGUAUCAAAGCCCUUAAGCCUGAAAAGGUGAAACUUGCUGCAUGUGGAAGGAACAAUAUCUUAGUUUCAACAGAUACUGGUGGUGUAUAUGCAGCUGGUGGAAAUAAUGAAGGCCAAUUGGGGCUUGGUGACACUGAUGACAGAGAUACCUUUCAUCAAAUUGGCUUCUUUACACCUAGUGAUAUCAUUAAACAGCUCUCUGCCAGUGCUAAUACAUCAGACUCUGAGGAUGGAAAACUUUUUAUGUGGGGUGACAUUUCUGAAGGGCAGAUCGGUUUGAAAAAUAAAAGUAAUGUAUGUAUCCCUCAUGAAGUGACUGUCAGUAAGCCAAUUUCAUGGAUCUCUUGUGGAUAUUACCAUUCAGCUUUUGUAACAAGGGAUGGGGAGCUGUACACAUUUGGAGAACCUGAGAAUGGAAAGUUGGGCCUUCCCAACCAGCUGCUGAUCAAUCACAGAUCUCCCCAGCGUGUGCUGGGGAUUCCUGACAAGGUGAUUCAAGUAGCGUGUGGUGGAGGGCACACUGUGGUUCUCACAGAGAAAGUUGUGUAUGCCUUUGGACUGGGACAGUUUGGACAACUGGGCCUUGGCACUUUUCUUUUUGAAACUUCAGAACCCAAAAUCAUUGAUCGUAUUAAGGAUCAGAAAAUAAGUCAUAUUUCCUGUGGAGAAAACCAUACAGCUUUGAUGACAGAUAUAGGCCUUAUGUAUACUUUUGGAGACAGACGGCAUGGAAAAUUAGGGCUUGGAAUGGAGAAUUUUACCAAUCAGUUCUUCCCUACUUUGUGCUCUAAUUUUUUGAAAUUUACAGUUCAAUUGAUUGCCUGUGGGGGAUGUCACAUGCUAGUUUUUGCCACUCCACGACUUGGUACAAUAGACGAAACUGAAUUUGAAGAAGUGUAUGAGCCUUAUAUGAGUACAGGUUCUUUAUCCAUCAAUGAUCUCUCCCCAGGAAGUUCUCUGAAUAGAUCUUUAUCAGCGCGUCUGAGACGAAGAGAGCGGGAGAGACCCUCAUGCUCUGCUUCAAUGCUGGGAACACUGCCUCCAUUAGAGGGGACUUCUGCCUCCACUUCAGCUUCUUAUUUUUGCCCCAGUUCAAUCCCCUUCCAUUUGUCUGUGAAUAACUACCCAGAGAAAAGCACCUCUGACUCCAUGGAGCCACUGGACUCAGAUUAUUUUGAAGAUAAAAUGAACAAAGAGACAGAGACAGAAAAUUCUUCAGCAGUGGAUUCAGAAAACUUUGGUGAAACCAUUGAUAUCUUAAAUAUGACACAUAUGAUGACCACGAGUUCCAAUGAGAAGUCAUUAUAUUUUUCACCAAUUCAAAAACAGCCGAUUCCUCAACUUUCAGAAAGUGUGAAACCAGAAGCGGAAGGCAUGGAUGAGCAAAUUAGUGUUCCAAAUGUAGAAGACACUGUAGAAGAAGAAGGGAAGAAAGAAAAGGAGACUGUAGAAGAAGGAAGUCUACCUGAGGAUGCCCUUCCUGAAACAGAAGGCUCCGAAACUGUCGUUCCUGCUGAUGAGAAGUCAGCUGAAAUUGUUAAAGAGGAAGACAGUGCCAGCCUUCUGCAACGGAACCUUCGUGAGUACAAUAAAAAUCCAAAAGGACACAUGUAUGACCGAGUAAAGAGCAGCUCUUCAGAAAUUCUGGGAGGUAAUGAACCAACAAGUAAAGACAUAAAAAAGGCUAAAAAAAUUUCCUUCUUUAAUCAGAUGUCAUUGACAGGUCAGAAACUGAUGCAGAGUGCUAAUGAUCCACUCCCAGAGAUAAAGCCAAUAGGAGACCAAAUAGCCUUACAAAGUGAUAAGAAAGAUGCCAACCAGAACCACAUGGGUCAGAAUCUUCAGGAUACUGCAACACCAAAUAUGGAAGGAAAGUCCAAAUCCUGUACAAUUCUAUAAAUGUAUGUUUAUGUUUCCAUGGUCACCGAGCACAUUUAUUCUUCAUACUUGAAAAAUGUUGUGACUUCUGAAGGAAAUUCCCUGAUAACACUGUUUAAAAAGAUAUUAAUUAGUAUGUUUGGCUUGGUUUGGACAAUAUGAACAGAUUUAAUAUUUAUUUAUGUUAAUAUUCUUAUCAAGCAGUUUCCAAAGUACAUGUACCUCCAACUCUCCUUGAAGUGUUCUGGCCUUAACUGCUCAGUGUUGCAUAAAACAAUAUAUUUUUAUAUUUGGAAACCAAUUGAAGCUAUUUCAUAGUUUUGCCAACAUAGUUAUUGUACUUUGUAAUUUCCUAAGACAAUGUUCAUAAUAUUACAACACUGGAACAGUUUUGGAUAUAUUUACAACAUUUUAAA